AAAUCGAGUCUUGUUCAUUCGAGUAAAUGAACGAAUGAUAAAAACAUAUUAACUGCAGGAUUAUUUUACUAAUUUUAUGUUUAGUAUACAAAAAGAAGACAGCAUAAGUACUACGGAAGGACAAGGAUGGCGUGCGUGAAUGCCACUUGCUCUAGUUAUCUGUCCGGUCCAGCGGGCAGUUCCUUUGCGAGCCUUAUGACACACCUACUGGCGACGCAGUGUGUCAUCACCGAAACCUGGCCUAACGAUGCCUUUGAAAGGAUUACAUAUGGCGAGUUUUUUGAUUUCAUAAUAGUUGGAUCCGGAACAGCAGGCUCCAUCAUUGCCAACAGACUGACUGAGAUCGAUAACUGGAAAGUCCUACUCAUAGAAGCAGGCGAUGAUCCACCGAUAGAAAGUAUUAUUCCGAACUUCUCAGCUUUAACACACAGAAGUCGUCAUGCAUUCCAAUACUACACAGAACAAGACGAUACAAUCAACCAGGGAUGCGUUGAUCGCAGAUCCUUCUGGCCUCGAGGACGAGUUAUAGGAGGUACGGGAAGUAUUAAUGGGCUUUUACACAUGAAGGGAAGCGCCGGUGAUUACGAACCUUGGCAUUUAAAAGAUAACGAUGGAUGGGAUUGGCAAACAAUACAAAAAUAUUUCAAGAAAAGUGAAAAAAUCGUCGAUCCAUUCAUAUUGAAUAAUCCAGAACUUCGUGAUAAUUAUGGAGUCGAUGGUAACUUUGUUAUUGAUCAAUUAAACUAUACUCAUACACAUAUUGCAAAUAAGUUAACCCAAGGAUACUUGGACAUAGGAUUAAAAUAUUUAGAAGACCUUAAUGGCCCUACACAAAUGGGUGUUGGUAAAAUAAGAGGAAGCAAUCAUAAAGGAAAACGUGUCAGUACUGCGACUGCCUUUCUAAGUCCAGCAAGAGAUCGUAAAAAUCUUUACGUCUUAAAAAAGACUAUGGUAACCAAAGUAAUAAUAGAUGACAAUAAACGAGCUGAAGGCGUAAGUGUCAUACUAUCAAACGGCGAUGCAACCACUUUUUACGCCAGAAAAGAAGUGAUAUUGAGCGCUGGUUCAAUCAAUACCCCGAUUUUACUAAUGUUGUCUGGUGUCGGUCCAAAAUCACACCUUAAAGAGUUGAAUAUCAAAGUGAACGCUGAUCUACCUGUCGGCGAGAACUUACAAGAUCAUGUAAGGAUCCCAGUUUUAGUUACAUUAAAUACAAAUGCUACUGAAGAGGAUGACUUAUAUUGGCACAAAGCUACUGCUCAAUAUCUCAUAGACCAAACUGGGCCACAUGCGACAAACUACGAUCAACCUAACAUCAACGCAUUUGUUUCUGUCGACGCAGACAAAAAAUUACCAGAUGUACAAAUAGACCACAAUUAUUUCGUACCUAACUCAUCAUACAUUUUUUCCAUGUGUACAAAAGUUCUAUCUUACGAAGAUAAAAUCUGUGAACAGUUCUUGGAAUUAAACAAAAAACAUGAAAUUCUACUAUUUUACAUCUCCUUAUGCCGACCACAUUCCAGAGGUAAAAUAUUAUUACGAUCUAUCAAUGCUGUUGAUUUCCCAAAAAUCUAUCCAAAAUAUUUCAGUGAUGAUAGAGAUAUGAAAUUAUUUGUCAGAAGUAUUAAAAAAGUAAUGCAAAUAGUAGAUACGCCGACAUUUAAAGGAAUAAAUGCAGAAAUACCAAGAAUUCAUUUUAAAGAUUGUGAUGGCUAUGAAAUGGCAAGCGAUGCUUACUGGGAGUGCAUGGCUAGAACGAUGACAUUUAAUGUAUAUCAUCCUGUAGGAACGGUGAAGAUGGGCGAAAUCAAUGAUGCUACAACAGUAGUUGAUAAUAAACUGAAAGUAAAAGGUAUAGAGAAGUUGAGAGUGAUCGACGCUAGCAUUAUGCCGACCAUACCGAGUGUCAACACUAAUGCUGCGACCAUGAUGAUUGCUGAACGGGCGUCUGACUUUGUUAAAGAUGAAUAUUUAAAUAAUUCGGCAAAAAAUAAAGAUGAAUUGUAAUUAUUCUAUUAAUUAUUUAAGCCUAACCAAGAAAGUAAUUAACCUGGCCAUUGGUAAUAAAGUUAUUGGACCACUUUCAUGUGGACAAAGGAAUGUAUAUAUAAAUAUGAAUGAAGUGUAUCUCUGAACGUGAGCUGUAUUUUACAAAUAAACCUACUUUGAAUAUCAACCUUUCAACUACCAAAUGACAUAAAAAUAAAUUGUCAUUCCGUAAAAUCAAAAAUGCUAUGUUUACAAAGGCAAUUUCUAUCUGUGUUGUACUUUUGAUCUCUUAUUUAAUUUCAAUACUGGACGCAAUUACUAUAAUAGAUAAAGGUGUUAAGCCCUUAAUAAAGAAUUCGGUGGGUAUACAAUUCUACGUUGAUGUGGAAAAUCAAAAGGAGAGUGCAUGUAAAGUGAUUUCAAAAACAAAAACUUGUAUACUAGAUAAAAUUAAAAGAGACUGUGAUAUUUUUGAAACGAGCAGUGCCCAACUGUACACGGUGAAGCCGUCUGAGAACAUGACCUUUGUUUCUGUGCUACCAACAUUAUUUCAACACGAUUUGAUAGGUUACAUAGAUUGUACUUUAGAAUAUCAAUGCGACAGGUCAAGAAAUAUAACCAAGUUUCGUGAACCAUUCAACACUAAAGUAUAUGACAGAGACGAACCCUCGUAUUUAUUAAAAGAUUAUGUAAAUAAUGAAAAUAUCAAAGAAUGUUCAGAGGUCGAUGAAAAUUCACUAAAUGAUUGUAAUCCAGCAGACUGUGAUCAAAAAUAUUUAGGAAAGAGAUCAUUUUAUAGCAAUAUAUUUAAAAAAUGUCUGCCAGUGACGACGUGCGGUGGAGACCCUAAUAAAGAUCUUCCCGAAGCGGCACUGUUGGUGGUGAGUAACACCUGCAGAGACCUGGAAUCUCCGCUGACUUUGCAAGAUAUCUACGCCAUCAGCACGGGUCUAGGCACCACUAUUAUUACCACUUCUGAAUCUUCUAGUCGUUUUAAAAUUGAAGUCACAUCUAAUUUAUCUACUAUAUCGCAAAAUUUAAAGUUUUUACGUGAUCUUGCACUUGGCAAAUUAUACACCUUAGAUGAAUCAGUCGAUGUUAGCGCAUUCUGCAAAAUAGCCUUUGUGUCCUUAGCAAUAAGCGUCACCCUCGUAUGUUGUGGAAUUAUAUGUUUGUCCCUUUGUCUUAAUACGAUUAUUUGUAUAUGUAACGAAGAAACAACUAGGAAACGAGGAUAUUGGCCGAAAAUUAAAAAUGCUUUCAACCUUUUCGAUAUUCGACAAAAGAGUAGUAAAUCUUUUGACGACGUAAAAGAAAACAGAAAUUCUUUACUACGUGAAGUUAUGGUGAGAGAUAUUCCUAUUGAGUUGAGAAAUAAUGUUAUUGAUUUAUGCAAACGAAUAGACGAUGAAAUAAAAGAGAAAAAACGGUAUAGAGCGAGCGACGCACGAAGCCGGGUCAGCUUGGAGAUAGACAACGAGUGUAGAACCUCCUCACCAACUAACACCAGCACUUCUAUUGAAGCAAAUGACAACAAAAAUAGAUUGCCUUGAUAAAUAUAAUUUAUUACAUUUUGGUUUAUUGAAUUAAAAGCCUGUUACAGUUC